AUGUCCCUCAUACAUGCUCUCAUAGCGAGGGGCACCACAGUUCUCGUUGAACAUUCCACAGGUUCAGAGCUCAAACCAGCUGCUCAGAUCACUAUUCUAUCAAAGAUACCACCUAAUAAUUCAAAGUUGACUUACGUUUGGCAAGAUCGAUUGAUUCAUUAUGUCGCUUCUGAUGGAAUAAUAUAUCUGGUCAUGGCAGAUGACUCUGUAGGAAGAAGAAUGCCAUUUGCUUUUUUAGCGGAUUUGGAACGAAGAUUUACAGCCCAACAUUCAUCAGAUGAGAUUGUCUCCGCAGCGGCACAUUCAAUGGGAGACUUUGAAACUGAACUCGGUCGAUUGAUGGACCGAUAUACGACUUCACCACCUGCUGAUCCUCUUCGUCAAGCUCAGACGGAUUUGAACAACGUAAAAGACAUCAUGGUCCAAAACAUUGAUUCAGUCCUCCAACGUGGCGAGCGUCUCGAUCUUCUCGUGGACAAAACGGAUACCCUCGCAGGUCAAGCUUACGCAUUCCGUCGAGGAGCAAGGAACGUUAGACGACAACAAUGGUGGCGUAACAUACGUAUCAUGGCACUUUCAGGAGUUGUAGGUAUCUUAGUGCUCUACUUAUUCAUCGCUCAAUUUUGCGGGGCUGGAUUGUCUCAUUGUCGUAGCUAA